UUGUGACGUUGGCAGUAGUGUCAGAAUCGCUGAAACGGGAAGAGCUAACGGGUUGCUCUUGAUCCUGUUUUUAUCAAUUUUAUAUACGAAGAGCUUUUAUCCGUGACUUAUUUCUGUAAAAAAUAAAUAAAGAUAUAGUAAUAAGUGUUUUACAACGUUGUUUAAUUGUGAUGAACGUGUUGUGAGCCCCAAUAUUUGUGUAAAUAAGUUGGAUAGUGUAUAUAAUGGCGUUGUACGGGGAAUCUCUCUGGAUGUUUGCAUGAAAACUAUUGGAAGAUAACAGAGUAAUCUGCUGUGAUGUCCUCGGUUGCUGGCGCGUGGUGGCGUGCGCAGGCGCGGUGAUGGCGCGCGUCCCAUGAGCCGCCUGCUGUGCUGCCUGUGCGCGCGCGCAGCCGACAUGGGCGCCGCGCUCUCGCACGCAGGCCCGCAGGACGUGGAGGCGUGCGACGGCGCCGCGCCGCCGGCCGCGCCGCCCACCAUGGCCGACGUCAUACGUGAGAGGAAGAAAAAAGCAGGUGGCGCAGGCCUCGGCACGAUUCGGAGGCGGAUCGCGGCCGCCACCCGCAGGCCCAGGGACUCCCGGUCUGAUAGAGGCUGCGAGCACUCGCGCACGAUCAGGUCGGUGGUGUCGUCGUGGCGGCUGGCGGAGGUGUUCCUGCUGUGCGAGGAGCUGGAGGCGGGCGCUGCGCUGCGCGACCUCAGCACGCAGGCGGAGCUGGCGCGCGCGCCCGCGCCGCAUCUCGCCGCUGCGCUGCACGCCGCGCUGCGCGACCGAUGGUGGUGUGAUAUAGAGCUGCUGGGAGCCGGAUACACGAUGCACGCGCACCGCGCCAUCUUGUCUGCCAGGUGUUCCUACUUCCGGGAGCUGCUGCAACACUAUCCCAGGUCGAUGUACCGCGUCCCGCUGGAGGGCGCAGGCGCAGCGUUGUCCCGCGCGGAGCUGGAGGCCGUGGUCGCGGCGCUGUACACGGGACAGGCGGCCGUCUGCUCCUGCGACAAAUAUGAGCGCAAUGUGGAAGAUGAUUUGGACAUCAUCAAUGUGGACGGCACCAAUUCGCGGCGCAGCAGCACGUGCGCGUGCGCAGCGUCGCGCGUGGACGCGGCGGCGCUGCGGCGUCUGGGCGCCGCUCUCGGGUUCUCUCUGCACUCGCUGCACACGGACAUGAAAUACCUCUUGGAUUCCGGGGAGCUGGCGGACGCGCGGCUGCAGCUGGACGCGCACGCGCACGCGCACGCGCAGCGCUGCCAUCGGCUCGUGCUGGCCGCGCGCUCGCGCUUCUUCAGGAACGUGAUGUCUCGUCGCAGCGCUAGCGCGGCGCCGUUCGACGUGUGUUUGGACGAGAAGGUGCUGCCGCGGAGAUUCGUCCGGGCGUUACUUCACGCCGCUUAUACUGACCAGGUGGAUCUCAGUUUGAUUGGAAGGAACUCCUCGACUCCCGCGUCUGCCACCAGUUCCUCCAGUGGAACAACGCCCUGGUCGUCGGUGUCCCGCGGCCGCACGGCCAGCGCUGCAAUGUUAGAGGACGCGUUCCAGCUUUACGAGAUCGCCAGGUUCGUGGAGAUGCCGAUAGUGGCGCAGGGCUGCGAGGACGCGAUCGCGGAGGCGCUGUGUCCGGAGUCGCUGCCGGCCGCGCUGCGCUGGGCCGCGCUGCCGCACGCCAGCGCCUGGGUGCACCGACAAGCGAUGCGGUACCUGCGCGACGAGUUCGUGUCGAUAAUGUCCCACUCGGCGGCGGCGCGGCUGCCGCGGCAAGCGGUGACCGCGGCGCUGGGCUCCCCGUUCCUGCAGGCCAGCGAGGCGCAGGCGCUGCGCGCGCUGCUGCGCUACGCCGAGCGCGUCUGCGCCACCAACAGAGAACCGAACGUGGUGUGGCACACGGCGCACUCGGUGUCGCGGCUGGGCGCGCGGCGGCGGGAUGUGAACGAGGCGGCGCUGAGGGAGCUGCUGGCGCCGCUGGUGCCGCUGCUGAGGGUGGAACACCUGCCGCCCGACUGCGAGCCUCUGCAACAGUUGAUCCGUAGGGGCAUCAUCGCGGCGCCCCCCGAGCCGUGCCCCACGCUGGCCGCGUGGCAGGCGCGGGGCUCCUAUCGCCCGCCGCGGUGUUUCCUUCCGUAUCUCGACGAGCUCAAGGCGUUGCUUGAGGAACAAGAGGUGCCCGAAGCAGAGUUGGCGCGAGCGAGACGAGCGAAAAACAUGCAUCGAAUACCGGACACCCUGUAUAUGGUGGCAGCAGCGCGCACGAACGACGGUAGUUCCACAACAGUUAACAACACAGUGCCCGCCGAAUGUGUCUGUAUUUCAGCGCGCACGCGCGGCGCGCUGCUGUCGCGCAUGCGCGAGCUGCGCGCCGCGCCCGCCGCCACCAGGGCGCUCGGGUUGCGUGCCUGCGACUCCGCCAGGGUGCUGCGCCAGAUCGCUUUGCGUGCGGUCAGGGAAAUGUCUCUGCCGGACACGUGCGCGGAAUUAAUUAUGAACGAAGCCGAUUUAUUAGACACCGCGCCGGAGCGAGAGAGUGCAAGCAACAAGUCUCGGGGCAGCGGCGAGUGGGAGUGCGAGCGAGACAGAAGGGAGAACAGAGAGUCGCGGGAGAGAGACAGAGACAGCAGGAGUCGGCGGUGGGAGUCCGACGACGACUGCUGCAGUUCGGCGAGCGCUGGCGGGUCGCUGCGCCACGACGCCAGUCUGAGACAUCGCUCGCUGCUGCUGCCUAGCGACUCGUCUCGUCCGGGCACGUGUCGCCGGGAGCCGCAGAGAGGCAACGCCGACCAAACAAGUUGUCGUUUCAGCCCGUGUGCGGGCGCGGCGGCGCCGCCGCGGCUGUCGGCGGCCGUGCCGGACGUGGCGAUGGCCCCCAAUGCCAACACCCACCUCCUCACGGCGCCCACCUACUUCCGACACCAGACGCAGUACGCCGCCGAAUAUAGCGGUGGUGUUCUCCAGUUGGAUCUCGGUGAUGGUGCGACACACACGCCCAGACCUGGGUCGCGCGCGGCGCGUGCGCAGGCGCAGCUCGGGCGCGCGCGCGGCGACGACGGCCGCGCCAUUGAGCUCUCCGUCAUACACGCGUAUUCGUCUCUGCACGCGGGCGCGGCGCAGCUUCCGCGGCUGCCGGCGCCGCGGUGCCGCGCGCUCCACAGCGACACGCUGCCGCAGAGAUACAGAGAUAUCUCUCAUACUGCGCUAGGAGUCGCGGGCCCGCAGCGCGCGCGGCCGCCUCCGAGCGCGGGACGCGGCCGCGGCGCCUCGCGGAGCCCCAGCCCGCGGCUCCACCACGACUACACGCACAGAUCGGAUGCGGGGUACGGCAGCCCGGCCGCGGGCAGCCGCUCGCACUCGCCCAGAGAGUGACAGCCCUAAAUGAAGCGAGGUGAUAAUUAUGAUCUACAGUUUUUAAUCGGCAAAAUUUUAAUUGUCAAAAAUGUAUACACAUUGACUGAUCACUUAACUUCAUACAAUAAUAGCAUAUAUCAUUGAUUACAAUACAAAACAACAUUGUACAAUUCGUUUCCACAUGAAAAAUAACGGUUUUCACAGUAAAGUAUUCCCCCGUUUUUAUUGACAGUAAAUAGGAGCUAGAAUAAAUAAAGGAAUUAAAUGUCGGCUGGAAACACUGGGCUUUUAUCAAACUCAAAUCUUGUACAUUCAUGUGUAUUGCAUUGGCAAAAAAAAAUAGUUCGUUAAAAAUUAGUUUUGUUCACUUUCCUGACGGACAGAUAAAUAGUACAAAAUUAUAUUUUUUUUGAUAUUGCAACACCGAGAAUGGUCAACAUCGGUUGAUGAUAACCCAGUUGAAAUGAGCCAGCUAAGUCAGCACACAGCGCUCUAAUUUAUUGUCUAGUCUUUGUAGACUGAAUGUAUAUAAAUAUUUCAGUUUAAUGAAAUAUUUAUAUAAUAAUUUUUGUUGACAUUUAUAAAGAAAAUUGUUAUAAAUUGUGUGAAGGUAAGUGUUUUUGUAAAAGGGUAACAAACUGUCACUGGACAAUACGUAAAUUGAUAAUUUAUGUAAAAAUUGUUUUUGGUUUUUAUGCGAAAUAAUAAAUACGAUAAUGACCAAUUGAUUAUAUUGGAUCGCAAUGAUUUUUUUUUUGGCAAAAUAAAAUUGAUUUUAAAUAUAAUUUCUAUGUCAUUGAGCCGUAAUGUGUGGCCCUAUUGUUUAAUUUAAGAUAAAAAUUCAAAAUUUAACCUGAUCUCAGUGUGUACGACGCUUGUAUGUAGCGCACACCGUGUAUGGAUAUGUAUGAUACCAUACAUUCGUAUGGAAAUGUAAAUAACAAGAUUAAGGGAGGCAUCGUGCGUUUUACGAAAAAAAAAAUUACGAAAAUGUAAAAAAAUAAUUUAAAUUCCUUUUUUUUUUUCUUUUCGAUGACUAAUAAAUAAAUGAUAAAUAUAUUAGGUUAGGACAAAUCACACAGAUUGAGCCUAACCCCAAAGUUAGUUCGAGACACAAGUUUCGAUAUGGGAUACUAACUCAACGAUACUAUAUUUUAUAACAAAUAAACAUCCAAGACCCGGACCAAUCAGAACAAUAUCAUUUUCCAUCAUGACCCGACCGGGGAUCGAACCCGGGACCUCUCGGUUCAGAACCAAGCACUUUGACACCGAGGUCGGCUAAGAAUUAAGAAAUAUUUGUAACUAAAAAAAUCACAUUACUGUUUACAAUUGACCAAAAAACCUGAUUUAUAAAAAAAUUAGUUGUCAAAAAGAAAAAAUAAAAUAUAUAAUAUAAAGCAAAUAUUAUUUAAAUAAACACGAGGUACCUAACGAGCGCACGCCGUCUCCAAUAAAUUAUAAUUAAAUUGUAAUUAUGUUAUAAAUAAAUAUGAGAUAUUGUAAAUACAUUAUAUAAUAUUAGUUACGUAAUAUGUUUCGUAUAACGGGGCGUCCUUAUAAUGUUAAUUUAGAAAAUUUUCUAUAUUCAGUAUUUAUGUGUAACAGAUACAUUUAAUAAUACAAUGAUAAAAAAAUUAUUAUAUAUAUAACUCUUAAAAAAUAUACAAGAAUUUUAUUCGCCUGAUGAUGAUAAUUUAAAUAAGCGAUACUGCACUUCCGCGAUAGUCCGAUAAACAAUACGGUUUUUAUAGUAAAAAUCAUGAUUUUUCACGUCUAAGGCUACAAACUACUAGCAUUCCGGAACGACCGUAUUGCUACGAAACGCAGACAGUGUCGGUCCAUAUCAUUCCAGAAGGGCUUGUUUUGUUAUAUGUAUAUAUAUUUUUACAUUGUAUGUGGCGCGUGGCGUGUGGUUCCGCCCUAGAAUAGUACCACUCCAUAUCCUUCCGUGGAUGUCGUACGAGGCGACUAAGGGACACAUACCCUAGGCAGCUGAUAGGCAACAAUAUCAUUCCCAAGGAGGGUUGACGUCGAGGGUUGACAGGCGGCCGGUUGUAUAAUAACAGCUGAAUCUUCAAAAUUUAAGGGUUUUUUUUAUAAGCUGACCCGGGAUUCGCGGCUUCGCAACCCCGAACGCAACUAGGUUGAUGCCAUCCAUGCAGAGAUGAUAUUUUUGACACAGUAUAUAUCAUAAAAAUUAAAAAUACAUUUUCUAGAAAAGUUGAUGGUAAAUAUUGUAUAAUCUGUGGCGAAUAAGGACGCCCCGGCCGUCGGAGGACAGACGAACGACCAAUUGCAUUCCUGACGAGUGUUACGUAGUGGUGCGGGUUCGAUGCUCGGGUCGGGCGCUCUGAUGAAUUUGCAAUCAUAAACUGUCGGUCGUGUCGAGCUGUUUGGACGGGACUGACGCAUCACUUGCAGAAUGGGCGUUUCGCAAAAUGUUCAUCUCUUAAAAUGUCCACUUCUCAAAAUGACAACUUUUUAAAAUGUCAACUUGUUUUAACCCCCGAAGCUAAAAGAGGGGUGUUAUAAGUUUGUCUGCUAAGUAUGAUGAGCUACGUGGCACCGUAGCUCAUCAACGAGUGAACCGAUUUGGAUGCGGUUUCUUUUACUUGCUAGCUAAUUGUUAUGCAGUGGUUCUUAGAUAUAUUUGAUCAAAAUCGGUUCAACCGUUCAAAAGUUGUAGCGAAAUGAAUAAUGAAAGUCGUAGUGUUUUUAAAUAUGUAUAACAAAAAAAACUUGAUUUUAAAUAAAUACAUUUUGCAUACAUCGUAAAGUGAGCUUUUAAAUGCCUAUACUAUAAACUAUCGCCGAACUCGGGACAGAUACAGACCCGAAUGAACGAAAAUGUGUAGUUUUCAUGAGAGCUAUUAUUAGAGAUAUUACAAGGAAUAUCCAAUGCACGUGGAUACGGCCAAAGUUUGGCAAACUUAACUAGUAUAGCUGACAUAUGUCAGCUGAUACCAGUUUAGCGCGGCAGGACCUCGCUCGAACAGAAACUAUAACUGAAAACUUUAGUAAAAUCGAUUUAUGUGACAGUGCAUUUUAUUGAUAUUACCUUAAAAAAGGUCAAAAAAAAAACAGAAAUUCUAAAGAAAUUCCGAAACGACAGUGGCGCCAACUAGUGAGCGAACGGUAAACUCGAUUCCUGAGCAUCGAACUGGCGCGUUUGAAGGCUGCCGACCUUCACAAUAAAUAUUAAUAUACUGCCAUAGGUAUUGUGUCUGUUUGUUUUGUGACUGGCAUCUCGAUAUUUUGCGAAUAUUUUCCUUUUAUUUAUUCAAACUCAUAAAUCAUAUAUACAUUUUUAAUUUCUUCUCAUAUGGGAUAAGCUAAUGAAAAGUCAUUACCUAUAUUUAAUCUUAAUUCCAAUUUUGCAUACAUAUAGAGGAGUUCCGAAAAGGAUAUAUUUCAUCCAGGAAAUAAUACUCUUACAGUGAUAAUUCACGCGGGCGAAGCCCCUGACAUAAGCUAUUGUCGUCCAUAAAUUUAAUCAUAUAUUUUUUUUUAAUUUUGCGAUUGCCAUUACAGGUUUAGUUAACAAUAGACAAAAUAUAAUAUUGACACGCUCAUCGCAAUAAAACGUUCCUAGCGUGUUAUAUCUAAUGAGAUUUAUGUAGAGGCUAUGUAUAAAUAAUAUGAUAAAAAAUACUCAUUUCUUACUAAUUUUGAUGAUAGGCAAGAAGUAACUGUGAGUUUAUUUUGUAUAUUUAUGUACAAAAAAAUCUAAUAUUGUUCUAUUUUUAUUGUAAAAAACUUGACGCAAUUUUCAUUCUUAUCGAAUAUAAAAUCGCCUAAAGGCAUCUCGCAUGAGUUUACGGUUAUAAGUUAUAAUAAUGGACACGCAAUGGAAAUAUCUGUAAAAUAUUGAGAUCCCACCGAGCAGCUCGUUGUUACUGAUCGAAUAAUUUCAUUUAUUUGUCAUUGUCUCAAUGUGAAGUUAAACGUGUUAUAUAACACACUUAUUUUUGAAAAUUUUCUCCGAUCAGGCCCAGAAUAUUUAUUUAUUCUUAUUCAAUAUUUAUUAAUACAAUACAAUAGAAUAUCAAUCAAUUAUCUACGUUGUAACUUACAAGCUGCAACCUUUGCGAAUUCGCACAGACACAUUUUAUUAAGACUCAGUCGUGAAAUAUAGAAUAUUUUCUACACGUAAAAUGUAUCGUAAGCCGCUUUCGCAAUAUGUCGCGACAGAAUCUAGAAGAAUCUUUGAUUUGAAGUUGCUUCUAGAUUUACAGGUUAUAUUCUACGCGUGUACCAAAUUUACCAACCUAAAUCGGUUCAAACGUACACACAUACAUCGUCACAAUCUUUCGCAUUUAUAACAUAAGUAGGAUUUCUCAGUGUUCUUUGUUCACUAAACACGUAACAAUAAUUAACUAUUUCAGGCCUUAUCAGAGAAUAUUUUUAUUUAUAACAAAUGGUGUUUUAACUUAAUAACAUAAAUUUUCUCAUAAUUUUGCGGACGUCGGAAAUUAGACGCGUUAAUACAAAAUAUUCUAUUUUAAUUGUCAGUUUAACUACAAAAUUACCCCACCGCAUUUCUUCUGAAAGAAAUAAUAAUAUUCCGGCGAGGCUCUGUCGAUUGAAACGACGUCUAAUGCCAACGUCCGCGCCAGGAGCUGCGAAGACUGACCGUUGUGUUGUUUAUAUUAUAUAGUAUUAUGUAAAAUAAAUAUAAAUAAUUCACUCGUUUGUACAUAUUAAAAGAGGAGCGGGCGGGUUAUCAAUAAAUUAUAAAAUAUAUACAGAAACACAGAUGUAACGUUAUUUAAAUUUAUAUCUAAUUUUUGGCAAGAAUUUGUCAAAUAAAUUUUCAAAUGAGACAUCGCAAAAUGACCACUAUCGCAAAAUGUCAUAUUAUACUGCGAUGGGACUGUUAUUUUUUAAAUUUUAUUAUAACAUAAAUUCUAGAGCAACUGAGUAACAUUAUUUUAAAGAAAUUUAAUCUUAAUUGUGUAUAAAUAGGAAAUAAAUUAUUAAUCUUUACGAAUAUAUUUUUUUCUGUAAUUGUGAUGAGGUCUUCAUGUGUUUCCACUGGCUAGUCUAUUUAUAUGCUUGGAACUGCAUCUUAUUUUCUCAAGUAAAAAAGAAUCUAAACACAAAUGUAAAUUGGUUUCAUUAAUUCUAAAACACUGAGCUAUCAGAUUUCAUUGUUAUUAUUUCGGAACAGCUGUAAAGACACGUGUUCUGAAUAACCUGUGUAACUUUCACCCCAACGCACAAUGUCCAUUUUUACAAAUCACAUGUUUUUUUUGUAAUAAUAAUAAAGCAUUCAAAUAUAUUUUUAAAAAAUUGACUUAACGAGACAUUUUGAGUAACUGACAUUUUGAUAAUGGACAUUUUGCUGUGAGGUAUAGUCGCUGCCCGCGACUUCACUCGGUUCAUAAAUAAUACGUAAGGACUGUAUCGAGUUAUCAUAAAAAUCGGAGGCGGUCUCCUAUAAAGGUCACGUCACAAGGUCUGACAAAAUGACGUUCAUUGAACAGUGAGCUCUAAAACAACCACAGUAGACUGACUUUACUUUGACAACUAAUUUCCGCUCCGCUAAUUUCUUGUCAGUCUAAAGUAUGUCUUGUGGUGGACGCGAUAAAGCUCAUAUUUCCAUGAACAUAUAUAUGCCGGGCGGGAGCGUUUUGUAUAAACCUUGAAACCGUCGAAAUCAUGUUUUGACACUCGAAUAUUUGAGAUUAAUUGUUUUUAGACAUUUGUUGUGAGUAAUACAAACAUUUAUUUUGAAAAAUAUUGUUUGUAAUAACGAAAAGAUCUAAACAAGGGUUUGAAAAUGGCGGCGCUGAUAUAUAUUUUUUCAAUUUGAUAAUUUGUGAAAAUGAGCGAAGUAAUCAAAAAGCAAUAAAUCGAAAGAAAGUAGCAUUGUUUCUCUUUCGCACCUAGUAGUUAUUUAUCACUCUCAGUGUCUAUAUCACUUAAGUCUUUAUCCGGUUCCUUGAGCACAGCGAUAUUCGGCAUCUUUGGCCAGAAUAUUUGACGACAUCAAGCACUUUCUGUCACAUAUAAUUGAUUUGGAACCUUUCAAAACCAUUGUUAAAUUUAUUCAACAGUAGCGACGCUCUUACCGAAUUUCGCACGAUUAUACUUGACCAACAGAAUUAUACUUGGCUAUAAUACAACACGGGAAUUCAUACAAAUUGAGUAACACCAUUUUCAUGCCCUAUUUAUGAGAUGUAACCUUUGUUUAGAUGCUUCAAAAAAGGACAUUAUUGUGACAUAUUUGCAGACCACAAAUUGUAAAAAAUAGUAAUUGUACAACGUUAAGAAUCUCCUCGAAACUACCUAUCAAUAUUCCAUCAAUAGCCCGCAUCGCACUAAACGUGGCUUUCGUUCGCUUUUACUCGUUACUUUUGGCUCUGUCUACUCCAUAAGAUAUAAAGACGUGACACUCGCGUCUUUAUCCAUCUGUGUUUAAAGUUCAUAUUUCAAUAAAGACAUGAAAAGUAAUAAUUAUCUAUUUUUCAAGUGUAUAAACAGAGGGAGUAUAGUGAGCAUGCGUUCACAUUUGUCAAAACUUUCCAACUUUUGACAGUGUUUGAUGUUAUGUCUAUUGUUUCAAUGAAAUGAUAAGAUCGCGUCGGUUCCCGCGAGACCGCUGUUGUUAACUGAUUAUUAUGUAUAAAUAAAAUAUUUAUUCACAAAAAAUGUGUUUCAUUUGUGAUUUUUUUCUUUGAAGAAUUAAAAUGAUUGGAAAAACAUUACAAAUCUAAGGGCCAGUUACACUGGUUUCUGAUAAAACAUGGAAUUGUAAUCGGAUAGAUAUACUGCUGGCUUUAUGCUUACUGGUUAGCCACAUCCAACACAAUUUUGAUGUGUUUGAAACAAUUUUUAACGUUAACUGUUGGACAUCACUACAUAGUAUAAAAUAAAGUCGCUUUCAGCUGUCUGUCCCCGGUAUUAGAUUUGUGAUACCUGAGAAAAGUUUGUGUAUUAGGUUUUACCACGGGCUUCUAGUGUUACAUAUGGGCUGUCAGAUACUUUAUCAGCAAGCGGCGAAACCCUAAACUUAGAAAAGAGGUCAACUAAAAAGGAAAUGUUAAAAAUAAAACUUCAUUUGUAGAUAACAUUAAUUUUAUUCGUUAGUUGCGUCAGCACCAAUGCCCCCCGCCCUCUGUACACAUAUACACAUUUACAAAUCACUGGGUCAUUUUCAAACUCAUCAGCGAGAAAUCACUCCUGGCGUGUAACCAGAAAACGCUGAGCGCAAUUUUAAUUGUACACUCCAGGAGUGUUUUCUUACAGUAACUCUAUAUUUAUUACAAUUUUAUUUAACACUAAAAUCGCAGCGCCUAUGCUAGAACUUCUCAUAUCAUAAACAUGCAUAAACCAAUAUUAAUUAAGGCAUUUUUGAUUUACAGCGUCAAAUAGCUAGCCACUAGUUUAGCUUCAAUAUGGCGAUUUUUCAAACAAUAUCUUAGUCCUAAACCAAUAAAGCAUACCUUUCUGUUACAAUAACCAGUGCAACAUAUACCUCUUAAAUUACAUCCGAGGAAUGAAUCACGUCUCACUCACAUAUUAUCAUUUCUAUAAUUAUGAAAGAAAGAUUUAAGUACAAAAUUAUUCCUUUGUCUCGUCCAUUGAAAAACUAGAGAUGAUUCUAGUAAUUUAGGCCAAAGCACGCACUUACGAUUUUGAUCUAAGCAUAACAAUUGACAAUUAAUUAUUCAACACUCGAUAAAUGCCUCGUAUCACAAUGCGGGAGGCUCACUCUCUUCAGACAAGCGUUUUGCACCGUGCCAAGGACAGACAACACUGCAUAUAUAUUAUUUAAUAUAAUAGAAUUAUUUUUAUUCCAUUGAAAAUGUUUAUUUCUGCAUAAUGAAAGACCGUUUUGCUAA